UCAUUUACGUGAUGACGUACGCUGCACCACGUCGGGCUGUCGCUGUGUUUAAACGUGUGCUGAUAAAUAAACGGAGACUCGGUGAAGGUUUAUUUUAGAUACUGUUCUUUUAAAUAUAUACUUUACUUAAAUUCGGUCUAUGUUUGUAGUGUGAUUAUAGGGCAAAGGAAGUCGAAAUGAACGUGAUGUAAAUGUAAGAGAUACAUUUACAGCGAAAGAGUCGGGCCCGGAGUGGAGCAUUAGCUUAGCUUAGCCGGUUUGUUUUGGUAGUGCUAAGAGGCGAAACUGUGACAUUUUAAAAUAGAAGAGCAUUAAAUCAAUAAAAUACUACCUUAUUUGAACAACCAGUUAGAUUCAGGCAAACGUAAACUAGUAUAAAAUGUUAAAUCAGUAAAUCGGCAGAUCAGUAAGCUUCGUUAGUUUUUUUGUAUUUUGUUUUUUUCUCCUGUUGUCCGUUGUAAAGUUUUACGGUCGCAGUCAUGAACAUUCUGCCGAAGAAGAGCUGGCACGUGCGCAAUAAGGACAACAUAGCGCGCGUUCGGCGGGAUGAAGCGCGCGCCGCCGAAGAGGAGCGCGAGAUCCACCGGCGAGCGGAGCGCGCGGAGCAAGAGGCUCGAACGGAGUAUCUGAGGAAGAAGUCCCGCACGGCCCUCGAGCAGCGAGGAGGAUACAAAGAGGAGGGAGAGCAGAGUGGAGGUUCAGGAGGGAUUGAACAUCUCAACUUAUUUCCUUUGGAGGAGUCUUCAGAAAAGAAAGGCAAUGCAGAAUAUCUUAAAGAGAAAAGGGAAGAGAAGGAGAAACAGGAGCGUGCCAUUGGCCUGUUAGUAUCUCUUGGUCCUGCCCCUGGAACUGAGGCUACACCCUGGUAUCUGAAACACAGAGAAAAGGAGAAAGAAGAGGAUAGAGAUAGAAAGGAGAGGUGCAAAAGGAAGAGCAUAACGGAAGAGGAGAGGGAGAAGAAAGAGCGGAAGUUAAAGGAGAGGCUGGACCCUCUGUUGGACAUGAAGAAAGCCCUGGCAGUGAAAGACAGAAAGGAGAAAAAACACAAGAAGAGAGAAAAGAGAGAUAGAGGGGAGAAGAGGAGUGGAGAAAGCUCGAUUGAAAGGUUGCGUGCCGAACGGUUGCAGAGAGAAGCGGAGGAGAGGAGACGAACACAAGCGCUGCUGGAUCAGAGGAAUGGAGUGGUGAAGGAGGGAGAAAGAGAGAAGGAAUUGGGCGACAGAGACAGACCAUACAACAGUGCCUACUUCCCUGAGCUGGCACGCAAAAGGCAGAGAAGGGACAGAGACCAGUACGGCCUCUGCUAGCUUUCACAUUUAUUUAUCUGAUGACAAAGUACACUGGGUUUCAGAUUGAACAAAGUGCAGAGAUCGUUAUGAGGGGUUAAUUGUAAAAAAGGCAUUGAUUGCUCAGUGCACUCGCUGCCAGUUACUGUGUUGUUAAACUGUGGACCAGUUGCGCCUUUAAGCUGGCUGUUAACAGCCUUGGUCUUUUUGAAGGAAAGAGGCACUUUUAAACACAGCCUGGUGCACAGUGCAGUCCGUCUAAUAAGACAGAGUCAAAGUCAACUCACUGGAGUGAAAUUACGUUGGAUCCUAAUACCACUGCAUACAAGACAAUACAAGACAGCAGGAAUUAAGAUUAUCAAUGGUCUGUCUGUAUUUUUGAAAGAGUGAGAAAAACUGUUAAAGUGGAUGUGUUCCAAAAAUACAGGAACUUGUUAUUGACUAUAACCUGUGUAUAGUUUGUUUCUUGAUAAACUUUUUUGAGUGUUAUUGGUGUACCAAAAAAAUCUCACAGCCUCUUUUGGUCAACUUUCUUCUUUGUGUUUUAAAAAUUAAAGGGAAUUUAAGGGAGUUUACCUUUAGUAAGUGAAGAAAUUUUGAAAAAAAGUGUUAUAAUCACUGUCUCUAUGGUCGAAACAGUGUGAUGGCUUGUAUCAUAGAGAAUAUGUCAUAAAUUUCUUUAUUAUGAGCUGCAGACUUUUCCUGUCCCUACUUUUACAGGAAGAGGCCAGGAAUAGCCAACCUAAGAUCUUUGCUUUUGAUUUAAAUAGAUGGGCAGCUGAUUGCCAAAGCAGUACAACAACAACAAUAGACCCAGAAGAAACAAAGUAGUCUGUCUGUUCAAAAUCAUGACAUUUGUCAUUUAAUGGUUGCUAAUACCUGGCCCACACUACAGGAUAAUCUGGCCAGCUUGAGUCUAGUUUGGCCCUCCCAACAAUCACAAAAGCUUUCCUGACUUCAGAAAGGUAUUAAUUGAUAAUAAUUCCAGAUUAUCCUGUGGUCAGUACCCCUCCAGUGAGCUCCAUGUUCA